AUGUCGACAUCAACUGAAUUAUUUUGUCGUUUUCCUAGAUCGGUCGAACUCAUACAAGACUUUGAGGAUAUUACUCCAAGUCCGAAGGCGCAAAGUGAGUGCAGAUGUGCCCUUUACUCAGGUAAUGGACAGGUAUUUGCAUAUACACAGCCGACAGAGGUUGUAAUAUUGGACACCUCAAGUCUAGCUAAACUUUAUCAUCGCAUCGACAUACCUGAUGUAUUUGAUUUAAGCUUUUCGCCAAAGGGAACAUACUUGUGUCUUUGGUGCAAGCCUGUGCUUUUGAAUAAAGAGGAUGGAACAUGGAACAAGAACUUGAAAAUUUUCAACAUCAAGUCAAAAGCAAUUGUUGCUGAAUGGAGUGCUAAGCACCAAAAUGGGUGGAAGCCUCAAUUCACUAGUGAAGAGACUUUGUUGAGUAGAGGGCUCAAUAACCGUGAGAUUCAAUUUUUUGAAUUGAAAGCUGAUAGCGAUGCCGCAAUCAAUAUGAACCAGCCUUCUUUCAAGUACAAGGUUGAGGAUGCCAAGGGAACCUUCCAGAACUUUCAGAUUUCUCCAGGCAGAAACCCUAGCGUGGCUGUUUUCAUUCCAGAGAAAUCAGGAAAGCCGGCCAAUGUGCUGAUUUACAACAUACCUAAUUUCAAUCAGCCAGUUUGUUUCAAGAAUUUUUUCAAAGCCGAAAGAUGUUCGUUGAAAUGGAACUCAUUGGGUACUGCAUUAUUAGCAUUGGCAUCAACUGAUCACGAUACUUCGAACAAGUCAUACUAUGGAGAAACCAACCUCUACUUGUUAGGUAUCGCUGGUGCUUAUAACUCAAGAAUUGAUUUGACUAAAGAAGGGCCAAUCCAUGACAUAACUUGGUCACCAACUGCUCGUGAAUUUGCAGUUUCGUACGGUUAUAUGCCUUCCGAAACAACUUUCUUUGAUGCCAGAGGCAAUGCUAUUCAUUCCUUGCCCACAGCAUCAAGAAAUACUAUCUUGUAUUCACCUCAUGCCAAAUUUGUGUUGGUAGCGGGAUUUGGAAACUUGCAAGGUACUGUUGAUGUUUACGAUCGUCAAAACAAGUUUUCCAAAGUUGUGUCAUUCGAAGCUUCAAAUACUUCAGUUUGUGAAUGGUCUCCAUGUGGUCGCUUCAUUUUGACAGCCACUACUUCCCCGAGGUUGAGGGUUGAUAAUGGUUUGAAGGUAUGGCAUGCCAGCGGGAAACUCAUCUAUUUGAAAGAGUUUCCUGAAUUGUAUUCAAUUGGAUGGAAGCCACAGGAUUUAUCGCUCUUCCCACCAUUGAAGACCUUGGAGCCAGCUCCAGAAGCGCAUGAAUCUGCCAAGGAAUACACUGCCAAACGUGAGGCAGUAACCAAUUCAGCCGCUAAAAAGCCAGCUGGUGCAUACCGUCCGCCACAUGCACGUGGCGGUGCUGCACUGAGUUCAGCCUCUAGCUUGUAUCAGAAAGAACUUGAAAAUAACUUGAAAAACGGUACCCCACCACCUACACCACCACCAGGUUUGUCGAGAAACGGGGGUGCUAGGGUUAGAACAGUACCUGGAGCUGCCCCAGUUGUUGAGAAGGAAAGUAAAGCUGCUGCUAAAAAUAGAAAGAAGAGAGAAGCUAAAAAGUCCAAAGAUGAAUCUCCUGCUCCAUCCACAUCUGGUGGCGAGCGCACCUCUACUCCUACUCCCCCAGCACCUGACUCCACCGGUGCGGGUGUGAUUGGAGGUGUUGUUUCCGUAGAGGAGAAGAAAAUUAGAUCGUUGUUGAAAAAGUUGAGGGCAAUUGAACAAUUAAAGAUGAAGCAAGCUAGUGGCGAGCCUUUAGAAGAUACCCAAGUGGUGAAGAUUUCAAAGGAGGAUGAAAUAAGAUCUGAAUUACUGACACUUGGAUGGACGGAGUAG